UUAUCCCCCUCCGACCUUGGACUAAAAAUCCAAAACCUUCGACUGGUCGCCGUCAGAGAAAAAAAAUGACCGCGAUCCAUUUAUUCUAUCAUUUUAUCCUCUUGCCAAACCUCUGCUUGAAAUCUGAAAUACCGAUGUAAAUGAUAGCGUACUAUUCGAACAGUCAUUGUUCUCACUUUCGAAAAAUGUACCUAUCGUAUACCCCAGAAAAAAUCCUUUCUAUUUUUUUUUACAUAAAACGACAUGAUUACAAAAUCGUCUCUGUACGUUUCAGGCGAAGUAUAUUUUUAUAGAAGGUAUAUUUAUAGAAAAUAAUUUCUAUAAAUUCUGUUUACAAGUCAAAUUAAAUAUUUUAUACAGCUUCUACUUCCAAAAUCACCUGUAUUACAAUUUUCAACAUGACUGUUACAUUUUAUACAGAAAUUUUUAUGAAUUUGUUAAACUUGUAAGUUAUUUGGAAUAUUCAUAGCAAAAUUGGAGUAGUAGUUGAGUAGUAGUUUGUGUUUUGACUGAUAGGCUCCAUAUCGGGCAAGUCACGAUUUUAUUAUCGUUACUAGUGAGUAAAAUUAAUCUGUAUUAGAGUUGCGAAACAGUCCACGUUUUAAGCUAUAGUGGCGAAUGAAUGUUAAUUUCACGCGUUGAAUUAGAGCCGUUAUAAUUCCUAAUACUCCUCUCUGUUAAUACUAAACAUGCAAUCUUCUUCCAUCUUAAACAAAUAUACAAUAGCAGUUAAUACUAAUUGUCAGAAACGCUACGAAUAUAUCAAAUUAACAUGUACAAUAGAUUAAUUAUUGAGUGAAAGACGUUUCCCGCCUUUUUUUUCUUCAAACAUCAAAUAUCAGAGAUAUGCAUCUCUGAAGGUACGGCCUCUAUACGAAGCUUUGUCGAACUUAUGAAUAAUAUAAUACUUGCACACAUGUAUUUGUAUUCUAUAACGAUUUGAAAUCUUACAUUCUUGAUAGAUUGAAGUCAAUCAGUAACGAAGCAAUUGAAAAUUCCGUGAAUUAUAUUAAAUUUAUUCUGAAUAAGAAAGGUAAAAGCAACAAAUAGAUUUAAAAUAUCGAAAUAUGAGUCAACGGUUUGAAAAAUUGAGAGAACGUGGCAAUAAAUCAGAAAUAUGUACAUUCGUUCAAGAAUCGAGCGUAGAACAGCUUACGCGAUUAAUACAUAGCAGUAUUUGUAAAUCGAAUGGAUUAAAAACAUUAGAUGACCUUCUGCAAGCAUUUUCCAAUUCUGAAGCCUGUCAAACUAAGCGACGAAAAGUGAUUGAAUCUACGUUAAAAAAUUUGGAGGAAACUAACAUAUCUCUAGGGCAGGCAAAUGCGAUCGUUAACCGAAUAAUUUCUGACUUGCCAAGCUAUUCAAAGCAACAUCUUGUCAAACUUGUUGACUUCUGUCUCACAAAUAUUCGUAAUAACGAUAAUGAGCUAUGCAGUUGGAAGGAUUUAUUACCUGCAUUACUGGAGGCACUGGAAAAUGAAAAAUAUAUUGUACAUGCAGAUGCUGAAGUUUCUGGAACUGAAUAUAAAUCACUAAUUAUUAAAGCCAUAUGCAAUUAUCAUUGGAACGUCAAUCUUUUACCAUCUUUGGCAAAAAUGUUUGGGGAUAUGGUACUAGAUAAGACAGAUCGUAAUGAGGUUUUGAGGACAUUAUGUUCUGCUCUUCCAAAUCUCCCUCUGGAUCAAGUACCCUCAUUCACAUACCAGACAUUAAAAUUAUGUCCAAAUCAAGAUAAUAGAAAGCUUUUGAAUGCCUUGUCCAAAUACUUUAAGCUAUGUUAUUCAAAAACAAGUUUGUCUGAUGACAGUAAUAGUCUUGAAAAUAUUGAUAUAAUUAAUUUAAAAGAGGUACAAGACAUUGAGAGCACUGUUUUGUAUCAUGUGUACCAAGCUGCUCAGUUAAAUCAUGAAAACAUGAAAGAUUUUAUCCGUUUCCUUAAACAUGUGUCUCAUGCCCCAGAGUACGUGCUACAACCCUUUAUGCUCUCUGUACUCAUGUCAGUUUCUACAAUAUAUGAAGAUCAGAUAUUUGAGAUAUUAAGACUGGUUGUGGUUAAUAGUAGCUUAGAAAAAGAAAAACGACAAAACAGUGCAUGGAUGAGACAACUUUUACCUACACCUUGCAAUAUAAUUGGGAUUAUUCGACAAGUCAUUGAUAGCAGCAAUAAAGAUCGUCAUUUAGUACUAAGGGGACUUACAAAUUUAGCUUUUACGUUAAUGAAUGCUGAUCAAAAAUCCAAAAAUAAUGCAACAGCUAUGUGGAGUAUUGGAUCCGAAAUAAUACGAGAAAUAAUUAAGAAACGUCACGAGACAAUUCCUAUUGUGUUACAAGAGUUGAUUAAUAAAAUAGUAGCAGGUGGUAUACCUACAACACACUAUACAGAUUGUUUAAAGUAUAUGUGCCGCGAAUUGUCAAUAGUUGUUUUGGAUCAUCAAGUCUGGAUUAUAACUAUCCUCGAACGAUUGUUAUUUUUACAUCCUACAGUUGCUAAUCAAGUUUUGUAUGCUAUUUUUCCAUUGGCGCGUGUUUCACCAAAUAUACGAGAAAACCUUUUAUUGACUUUGAGAAAAGCUCUUUACAGGAAAGGUGCAUUAAAACGACAAACAGCUGUGACAGGAUAUCUUGAAAUGUUAAAAUAUACAAACAUGCAUUCCCAACUUAGCUUUAGACUUAGUCAAUUUAAUGAUUCAAUGAGUGCUAGUUCUAGGUCAACAUUAACUCAGGUAACUUUGGAGUAUAAUUCGCAACGAAGAAAAUCGGUUACAGACUGUGAUAAAACUUUAUAUUAUGAAAUAUCGGAUAUAUUAAAAAAGACCUUUACUUAUGAGUAUGAAACCAGAUUACACUUGUACGAAGGCCUGUAUGGUACUGUGAUCAAAAAUCCCGAAAUAACAGAAAUUCUAGUAGACAUGCUCCUUUCACAUUUGAAUCUAUAUCUUCAUACAGAUGAUAGUACCUUGCCACCUGUAAAAUUAGAAUUGUGCACAGAUGUUCAUGGAGUGGAAGUAGUAUUGCAAGAACCUAUUGCUCAAUUGAUAUUUACGUUGCAAAAGACAUAUAUUAAUACAGUUGUAAAAAAUUCACAUACUCUUGAAAAAUUACAUGAUAUUUUGAAAUCACUGUGUAGGAAAAUGGCAAUUACAGAAUUGGAGCAUUUAAAUUUGGAACAUGGAACUGACUUACUUCAUGGAGAUUUUCCAAAGCCAGAGAUCAAGUUAAAGAAUCUUGGUAUGGUCAUUGGGAUAUAUGAGGCUUUAAUGGCUUUUCGAAUUGGAGAAUGGUCAAAGGGGAAUGAGGAAAGCUGUCAUGAUACUAACAAUUUGUUCAAAGGAUAUACACGUUUGAUAGACUUUAUUAAAAAGCAAAACACAAAAACGAAAAAAAGUGAUGGUAAUAAAUCUAAAAAGGACCGAGAUCCCAAUAAUACAACUAAAAAGCCGGCUAAAUCAAAUAAUAUCAAAAUACCAAAUACUAUUAUGGAUUUGGAUGUAAUUCGUCAAAGUUUACCGCUCUUAUUUUCAAGGUCUUCUACUCAAAAUGAUGUUGCACUUAGAAGAGACCACAACUUUUGUUGCUAUAUAUUACAAACAUGUGAACAACUCUUACAACAUACAAAAUCAUUUAUACAGGAUACCUCUCAAUUGCAAAAUCAUAACUAUAUAAAUACAUAUAUUGAUGUUGGAAGAUUGCUUUAUAAAUAUUUUGUACAAAAUUUGGAUGAGGCACUUAUAAAUGAUGAACAAGUAACUAUAUUGGCUUUACAAUGUUUCAAGGAAAUUUCUUGCUGUAUAUGUACAUUACUCUCAUCUGAAUUACCAGAAUUUCUCAAUUCAAUUUUUGAAGUACAAUCCAAGAAGGAACCAAAAUCUACAAAUAUAAAUUCUCAAUUACAAGAAAUUAUUUUUUCAUUGAAGUCGUACCUCAAGAAGUUUCUUACAGAAGAAACGCACAAUGAUGACAGGGAGAAAGUAUCACUUCUGUUAUUACAAAUAAUAGAACAAUUUACAUAUAAGAUUAACUUCGAAGAUUACAAUUCUGAAGAGAUGCUCGAAUGUAUAAAAGAAAUUAUUCAAGUAGAAGAUAUUCGAAGCCCUAUUGUUCCUACAAUCAUACAAUUCUUCUUGAACUUGGAAGAACAUAGUCAAGAAUGUGGAGAUACAUUGAAUGAAAUUUGUGUGGAAUUAUGUGAAAAAGCUGGAAACAUUGAUAACGCAGCAACUGAAUUAAUAGCAAAUGGUUCAUAUAAAAGUAUACGUGAAGAUACUAUACUACAAGUUUAUAACGUUUUGAGUGGUCACAUUAAACAAAAAUUAGAUAGUGCCUCGUGGUUAUUGAUGCGAUUAAAGGCAGAAGACACUAUAGCUAGAGCACCUGAAACAAUUGAUGAAGCUUGUAAAUAUAAAUUUGAAAUUCCAAAUCAAAAUUUUAUAAUAUUCAUAAAAAAUGAUAUUGUCUUAACAGGGAAUAACAGAUUAAGGGAUAAAGAACGAAAUCUAUGUAGACAAUUAUCUUAUCUUGCUCAAGCACUUCAAACAUUAGCUAAUACAUUGAUCAAACCAGGUCCAUCCACUGACUUGACCUUCAAAAAUUUGCAAUACUUGUAUCAUUUACUUGGUAAUCUUACAAAAUACUUUUAUGCUAAAUCGAAUGAUCAGAAUGCAGCAUUUCAAGCAGUCAAAUUCAUUCAGGUGGUACAAAUAGCUGGAAAAUCAUUAAAAUCUGCUUUCUAUAAUUUGGUAACAUAUGUAGAGGAAAAUCAAAAUAAAUUAAAAUUAAAAUCCGAUUCAUACGCACAAAGGAAUAAAAUUUUAAAAGAAACCAAAGUAAUACCUCGUGUAGUAUAUGAAAUCGAGCAAUUUAACAAAGAAAUAUUACUACUUGGCAAAAGAACGGGCAUACCGCUAGAAAAUUACUUGAAACGAAGUAUAACAAGGGAUUUUAGAAUUAAAAAUCCACAACUGAUAGAGGGGCUUGAGGGAAUGGAUGUCAGUUUACUCAAUACACAAGCUCCAGAAAACACUGAGAGUGAAACAUCGAAUAUGAAUGAUUGUGACAGCAAUAGUGAUGAUGAUACAUCUCAAAGCAAACGACUCAGGGUGGAUGAUUGAAA